AUGUCUCCCUUGGCGUUGGCCGCCUGCAUGCGCGUGGACUCUCACUUUGACCCAGCGCUGGUGCCCCGUCUGAGAGCAAGUGUGGCCCUCGAUGCCUGCGUUGUCACCUUGAAUGUCCUGACCGAUCAGAAAGUUCCUUCAGCAGCGCUGUGGCCAUUCAAGUUGGAUCAUGCAGUGGCGAGCCCCGCCAACCUCGACUUUGCCGUGGUGUCCAUGGACCACUUGUGCCUUUCCUACACCGGCUGGGAGCAUCGCAUAAACCUCGGGGUGAAUGGGUACGUGUCAUGCGAUGUCACAGAACUGCUUCACCUUACCCGCCUCGGUGUCCUCGACUCUGUGGGUGUCAAAGCCUCGGCCGUCAUCUGCCAGCCUGUCAACAAGGAACCUGGCAUUGAAGUCGAGGCAUCCUUGGACCCAUGCUUUAUCAGGAUCAGCCAGCCUGUUGUGCACACUCUCUCCACGGCAGCUUCCUUUUGGAGCCCGGACGCACACACUGGCGUUCUUCCCAGCUAUGUGGCUGUAUGCAACAAUACAACAGACACUGUGUGCUUUGGUCAGGCUGGAACUGUGGAGAAGAUAUCGCUUCAACCAGGGUACAUGCAUGCAUACACGUGGAAGAGCACCAGGGCACCACUGAUGCUGCAUCUAGGAAUCGAAAGUCAGCAGUGGAAAUGGAGCAGCCCUUUUGCGCUGGUCCAGGGCAAAGAAAUUACGGUGGAACUUCCCAUUGGUUCGUCGGCGGUGUCUACCGUCCUGGUCAGAAUGCAAGAAGGACAAGGGGUCGAGAUGCAGGUGAUAAUCUCCGGCCAAGUCACACUCCGGAGCCACUUAGUGACGGACCUGCAAGUGCAGCUGAGGUUACUGGUUGAUGCCACCAAGGAACACAGCAAGUCACCAUCUGCACAGCCACCGAAGACUCGUACCCUGGUGGUCGACCUUGGCGACAAGGCCUGCAGGAGCCUCAUCAUCAACCCUCGGAGGCUACACUCUUUCUCGCUCAGGAGGCAGGCUUCCACACCAAGCGGACAGGCGAGGGUGAACGCAGUGCCUUGGUCCAGUGAAGUGGUGUUCGACGCCAUGAGCUCAAAGGACUGGGCCAAAGUUGUUGAGGUGCUGGCAUUUGCGCCUCUUCACGUGCUGCGCAGUCACCUGCCCUGCAGCCUCCUGGUUCACCUCCACGGAAGGACGGGCUUCGAAGCCGCGGGCGAGCACUACCAGUCACUCUCGGUGCCUGGCCGAGGCCAAGACUGGCCUCUGCUUGUGGACCCGCUACCGUCCAGCCUCACCUUUCAGCUUGGGCCAGAUGUUGUGAAGCAACCCAGCAAGCGCGUUUCGUCUCCUGCGCUCGAGCUGAGGCCUCCGACGUUGGACCAUGAAAUCUCCACCACACCUCCGGAAGACCUGUGGAAGCUACGCAGUCCGGAGUGGAGCUUCAGCUCCCCUCACGCGGCGAAGUGGCCCUAUGACGACGUUGAGCGAACAGCCAAAGUGGACCACCUGUGGGAAAAGGGAGUUCUCACACAGCUCUUCACCUCUACUAACCCAAGCCCCAAGUGCCUUCCUGAGAUGCCAGAGACAGAGCUGCACGUGAAACAGUACUAUGACCCCAACCUUCCAUAUCCGGGCACUGUUCUAGUGGACAUCAAACCGUGGGCAUUUAUUGUUAACUGCACGGGACAAGAGCUCAGGUUGCUCACGGGUGACCAUGGCAUUUGGACUCUAGGCCAGGAGCAGGCAUUUGCACCACCACCACUUCACGAUCCCUUUUUUCUGGCCAUUGAGGAGAGCGGCACUCUUCACUGCUCCCUGCGCCCUCUGCUGGUGGACCCCUCCUACCUUCUCCAGAAGAGGAAAGGUGGCGCACUACCUGCCGACCUAGACGCCGACCUGCUACAGCUGUCGGUGCCCACGCCCGUGUGCAUCUACUUCCGCUACCCUGGCUCAGCUUCAUUCGCUGUCUGUCGGCUGAUUGCCUUGGCGGAUGACUUCGAGGGAUGCCUUGUGGUGACUUUGAAGUCGGCAGUCUAUCUCAGCAACCAGACGGAUUUGCCACUGGCCGCUGCUGGCUUCACAACAAGGGUGGCUCUGGACAACCCGACACAAGCCUGGACUGGUGUCAUGGAAAUGGCAGCAGAGUGCUCGCUGCCGCCCGACUGCCAUCAGGGCCUAGGCGUCGUUCCCCUGCUGUUCUGGAAUGGAAGCAACGGUGUCGACGACACAGAAGUGGACGAAGCCGUGUACGGCCGCCUCCUCAUCAGCCUGGCUCUGAACCGCGUGUCCGCCGAGGGCGAAAGGAGGCUGUGGAGCUUCCCCUUGAACCUGGAGGUGGAAAACAAGAACAUGCGGUGCUCGACGUCGGUUUUCAAGGCCGUCGGGGCAUCCUACAUGACCUUGCCCCUGGUGGUGACCUGUCACUCGAGGGGGGGAAGCGUUUAUCUCGUCGUCGCUCGAGAUGCCAAUCCACUCUUGCGCAUCUCCAAUGCCACACGUGCCACGCUUGUGCUUGCAGAGAACAGCCCUACAAAAGAUCAGUGGCUGCUGCCCUCGGUGGGCCCUGGCUGUUCCGUGCACUUCACACCCCCCAGCCUUCUCUCCUACUGCAAUGGCAUCGCUGGUGCGGCCGAACCAGGAAACCCUUUCCUGCUGCUUGGAUGCGCAAGGGAAGCCGAGCCGCACCCCGUUUAUUGGAGCAGUCCAGUCGCAUGCUUGGACGUGGCCAACCAGUUCGUCCAUAUUCCGGGCCUUGGAGACGUGCGAGUGUCGGCUCAAAGGGCUGGUCACACCACACACUUGCUCGUACAAGUUGUGAGCAGAGCAGAAGUGUCGGCAAAGGAGAUCCGCAGUCGCAUUGGAGAACUCCAGCCUGCCACCGAUGUUGAGGUCCGCGGAACACCUGAUGGAAUGUCUGCUGACAGUCUCCUGGCCAUGUCGGACCAAAGCCAUGUGCCUGUGGUGCCAGCCGAGGACUUCCCGCCACUGUCCCCCCUUUACCGCUCCCUGCGCUUUGCCUCGGUGAACAUCGAGGAGCUCUGCUUUGUGUUGAGCGACAACAGCGACGUCGCCGACCACAAGAAGUGCCUGCAGGAAGUGGUUCGCCUUAGUUUGGACUCUGUGUCGUGUGCCUGUCGACCCAGGGCCACUCCUCCCACCAUGCCCAUGGGAAAUAAUCAACCAGAUGCCUCACCUGCGGUCAUCUAUGACAUCUUUACAUUCAUUGGUGGCGUACAGGUUGACAACCAGCUUUCGCAAGACGAGUCGUCGAACGAAGUCUAUGAUUUCCCCGUUGUGUUGGUGCCCAGAGAUGAUACUUCAUCGACAGAGGGCGCGUCUUCAUGCCAAAAUGCUGUGGCGUCGCUGACGCUGUCAAUCGAAAUUCUCCGUGAUGGUCGCCUGACUGCAGACUCACUGACAAUCAAGUUCUCUCCGCUUUCUCUCUUUUUGGAAGACUCACUUCUUUAUAGGCUGGCCCGCAUGUCAAGCUUUGUGCGUACAGCCUGGCACUGCGCACCUCUCCCAGCCAAUCGCGAGUCCCGCCUUCCCCAGGAGGUGAUAGUCGCUUCUCAGGCUCUGAUGCGAACAGUGCCAGUGCGGGAGAUUGUGCUAGAGCCCUUGGCAGUGCAACUCAGCAUACAUGCCUCGCUGAAGCUGUACUUGUCCUUGAACGGGACGCCAUUGAGCUUUGCACGAUUUAGCCGGAGGAACCUUGUGACGGGCUGCUACCAGCUGGGCCAGCUGUUAACACGGCACUAUGUGACAGGGGCACUGUUCAGGGCAGGUUGGGUUGUGGGCUCCUUGGACUUGCUUGGCAACCCGACGGGCCUGGUGCGUGCGCUAGGGUCGGGAGUGUCUGCGAUGGUGGUGCUUCCAUACAGGGGCUUAGCACAGGGCCGACCCUGGGCUUUCUUCAUGGGCAUCUCACACGGAGCUUCCACCAUGUUGCGUCACAUCUCCUCAGGUGCACUAAGUUCUGUGACACAGCUUGCCACCAGUGUGUCUCGGAAUCUGGACAGACUCUCCUUGGAUCCGGAACAUCUUGCCUGGAAGGAAUCACUCCGCACUGGUCCUUCAGCAGGCAUUGGCCAGGGACUAUCAACACUUGGAAUCAGCUUACUAGGAGCUGUGGCAGGCAUUGUGGAUCACCCAAUGCAAGCCUUGAUUCACGAGGAGAGCCGGGGGCCAACUGGAUUUGUCAAGGGCGUUGGUCGGGGCCUCAUGGGAGCCGUAGCCAAGCCGAUCAGCGGUGCUGCUGAGCUUGUGGCUCAGACGGGAAAAGGGAUCCUGCAAGGUGCAGGCUGGGGUGAUUUCACCCAGCGUAGACAUGAGCCUCGGGUGUUGUCGUUUGACAAUGCACCCUUUUCGGAGGCGAGGGUUCGAAGAAAGAUUCUGCCUGACCAAGACCUGCUGCUGGUCUUGCAUGUCCAUCUGCUGUCUGAAGAGAGCCCCAACCAGCCUUUGAUUCUUGUGCUCACGCGGCAGUGUCUCUGUCUGCUGAGCAAGACUGACGGCACACUCGAACGGUGCUUCUCCCUGGCCGAGCUUUUAUGCACCGGUCCGCCCAGUGAUCCUGCAUGUGUGGUCCUCGACCACGGUCCACCGCAGUCAGGAAUGCUGCUGGAAGAGAUGGCGAGCCGAGCCAGGGUGCGAGUUGCGGAGUAUGUGACGCACACAUCGUCAUACUCUCUGCCACCAUCCGCGCAGGAGUGCGGCGACUGCAACACGCUGCAAAGCGCGCCCGGUGUUGCCUACCAAUUCCGCCUUGUGCAGCCAGCUAUGAGGCCUCUGUUUCUAGCCCGCUUCCACGAGGUCCAGAAGGCAACAUUGGGCAAAGGCUUUCACAGCUUUCUCCACACAUAG